AUACGUCGGCGUCGCAGAAGGCGGAGAUCAUUUUGUUGUCAUCAUCGGUGGAAAAUGACUGAAAGCCAAUGGCCCCAGUUUUCUCCGCUUGAGAAGCGCUUUCACCUCAUCUCGCCCCGAACGCCGAUUUGUAGCUUAGCAGUGAAUUCGAACGAGGAAGGCCGCGCUAGUGAAUGACACCCCAAUGGAGACACGUACCAUUGACCCAGCAGAGCAAACGACCGAUUCGGAUCCCAUUUCAUCGCUGAGUCGGCGGAUGCUAAGCUAAGGCCCAGCGUUUGGGAUUCACAAGGCGGGGAGACGAUGUGAGUGAGCCGAAUGGACCGAUCGGAACACCCGAGUUCGACCUUCCCCGAGACGCAAUAAGCCUCACGUCUUCCCAGCCAUGUCUGUUUCCACGGUGUUGGCAAAGGCGCUCUUUGACAACGCAGCAGAAAGCCCGGAGGAACUGGCUUUCAGGAAGGGGGACAUUCUGAUGGUUUUGGAGCAGGAGCAAAGCGGCGGGCCCGGCUGGUGGCUCUGCUCCCUGCACGGCCGGCAGGGCAUCGCCCCGGCCAAUCGUCUGCGCCUCCUCCAGACCGCCCCGGCACCUGGCUCGGACUCCGUGUACUUGUCCCCCGGUCCGCCGCUGGCCCACGGCAGCCUGGACGACGCCGCGUACCACUCGCCACCGGCCGCCGGCGAAAGCCGGAUGGCCGCCGCGGCCUCGAGACCCGGCGAGCUUCGCAAGGCGGACGGCGGUCGUCCUCGCUCCCACUCCAGUUCCGGGUCCCGACCCAGACCUGACUGGGAUAUGGGAGCGGCGGGUCGCCCGCGCUCCCCUUCCCUAAGAGGACGGGGCACGGACGUGAGCAUAGCGCUUUAUCAGACUCCGGUGAGCCCGCUCCCUUCAUCUGCUGUGCAUGUCCGACAGCCAGGAGCCCAAAUGGCUCCCGAGUCUGUCUACCUCUCACCCGGCGGAGUCGCGAGAGCGGCCGAUGCAUCUGAGGACACCACGUAUCUCGUCCCUCGGGAAACGCUUACCGCAGGUCCGCCGUCCGAUGACUGUUACUUGGUGCCAAAAGGAACGCCGCUCGCCGGUGAGGAUGUUUACCAAACCCCAACGGGAGGGGUUCUGGCCGCCUGCCCCGACGGGCCCUCCUCAGUCAGCGGAACUCAGCAGUCCCAAGUGGGUCAGGACAUUCCCGGGACGUACCAAAGCCCCUCUUCCGUGGCGGUGAACCUUCAAAGAACUUUGUCUUCCCCCGCCCAAGCGCCUCUGAGGCCCCUCGUCAAGAGCUCGUCACCCAACUCCGCCGUAGCCAGAGGGAAAGCGGGUCUGGCCUGCCACAGAGGUUCCCCUUUGCUAGUUCGAGCCGGCCACCCGCGUGUUCCCGGAUCGCCCAGUUUUGCCCGAAAGCCACCGCCGCCGGCUCCCCCGGUGAGGGGAGUCACGCGGAAAGACGGGCAGCACUUUGCGCCUUUCCCCCCACCGAGCGAUCCCGGAUCUCCGGCGCCGGAGGUGAACGCGCAGGCCGGUCGGGACCCGGAGAAAAGCAACGGCAAAGGGCAACCUCAAGAUUAUGCAGAUCCCGCCGAUGACCAGGUAUACGACACGCCACCCAGCGGCCGGUGGCAGCGCGCCGCGCCGCCGAUCCUCAGCAACGGCGAUGACGCCAUUUACGACACGCCUCGCAACGUCGACGCGGAGACGGAGGUGUAUGACGUCCCCACCAUCACGCUGAACGGCUCCACGUCGGAAGGCCGAGCCAGUGCCGACGACGUCUACAGCGUACCCAGUCUCCCGGGUGUGCCCGUGGCUCCCGGCGAGUCCAGCGCCGCCGGCCUUCUGGGGGAGGACGACGAAAAGCGAGCAGACGCGGGAUCCCCGGACCGCGGGAUCUACGAUAUGCCGGCCCCCAACGCCGAAGUCCUCCCCCGCUCGGCCUCGUCUUCCUCCACCUCCACUCGCCGCCUUUCCGUGUCCAGCAACGGUUCCGGGGAUCUCCAGUGGAGGGCCUCGCUUUCUGGCCUGGUCCACGCCGCGCUGAGCGCGGCCGCCGCGUCCGGCUCGCCCGCCGCUCCGUCGUCUCGGGAUCUAGCCGCCUCGCUGGCCGAAAUCCUCUCGGCGUGGAAGGCCAGCCACUCCGGGGACCCCCCGCCGCCCCUCCAGCUGGCUUGGUCCCGCCUCUCGGACCUCCUGCCCGCGCUAUCGGCCGCGGGCAGCGCCCCUCCGUCGGAAGGACUCCUUUCCCUGGUGCGGCGCUCCCUGGAGGAAAGCGCCCUCCUCUUGCAGGCUCAGGGUCGCCCCCGACUGCCGUCCCAGGAGUCGUUGUCCCGCAGGCCGCUGCCCGCCCUCCCGGUGUCGGACGGCAAGUCGAGCGGAGGCGGAAUGGGCUCCCGUAAGAGUAGCUGGAUCCAGGAAAGGCCUCUGCCCCCGACUCCUCAGCCGGCCUUCCCCCCGCCUCCCGCUUCGGCUGCGGUGACGCUGGUGGCGAGCCCGGGCGACGGAGACGAGGAUCCCGGCAACGAAUACGCCGGGAUCGGCCUGACUCCCGUCCCGGCCCUGGUCCCCAACGGGGACAGUGUCGGAUACGUCAAGCUGCAGGGAAAACCGGAGCUUCCCCUGCCUCAGAACGGACAAACCAUCAGCUCCGAGCCGAGGCUGACUCCGUCCCCGCCCCUGCCGCGGUCCCUCUCCCUGGAGGACUCUGAGCUGCUGUCCUUCUACUCGUCGCAGAGCCUGGCUCACCUGUCGUGCCUGGCCGACGCCAUCGACGUGCUCUUCGCCAGCGUGCAGGGCAACCAGCCGCCUCGCAUCUUUGUGGCGCGCGGCAAGAGCCUGAUCGUGACGGCGCACAAGCUGGUGUUCAUCGGCGACACGCUGGCCCGCCUCCUCACUUCGGCCGACCUCCGCGCCAAGAUCACAACCUCCGGGGGUCGCCUGUGCCAGGCCUUGAAAGCGGUCGUCGUGGCGACAAAGGGCGCCGCCCAGAACUACCCGUCGGUGUCGGCGUCUCAGGAGAUGGUGGACCGUGUCGCCGAGCUCUCCCAGCAGGCCGCCGGCUUCUCCACUCUGCUCCAGCGCUUGGCCGAGAUCUCCUCGUGAUGUUUUGGGACGGAAAAGCUUCUUGACACUACUCCUCUUUUCUCUCUCUCUCUCUCUUUCUCUCUCUCUCUCUGAAAAAUGCCUUAUUUUGUGCUGACCGCUUUUUGUUGUUGUUGUCCCCGUGGCUCCUCCAGUGGUGUGGCUCGACUCUGCGGCUCUUUGCAGCUUUGCUUUGGAGUCCGUCAUUUCCUCCCUAUCGGCAGCGGGUGACUGGAGGGAGACGUCGAUUUGAGGACGGACUUGAAACACCUGAAUGACUUGACUGCGCAACUUUGUUUACAUUUGAGAAUCAGUUUUGUUUUCAGCAAAAUUCAUCAUGCCACGUCCAGUGCGCCCUCGCUCGCUCACCUGGCAAGCCGCCCGUAGACCGUUACGCCGAGGGGCUGCCGGAAAAACCGGUCUUACGAGAAUGGAGGGAACAGGACAAAGACAAUCUUUCAUUUCAACCGAGUCAGCUGCCAAUAUUGUCUGGCGAGUGACACGGACUCGAUCAGCUUGACAUUUAGCAGCCACUCGUUAUUGGACGAUAUCUGUUGGAUAUUUUUAUUGGACGUGACCCAAGAACGGUUGGCAGAACAAAAGCCGCCGACCGGGUUUACCGGCGGCGUGGCGGCGACACGUCGCGACGUGCAUUCUGACUCAGCCAAUGUGACUUUGUUGGCCUUCCCGCCUGCUUUGGGUCCUUUGGUUUCCUUUGUGCUUCCUUUUUGAGUCCAUUCUUCCUCCCCACUUGCCUUCCCUUCUCACGUGCAACAGUCCUCCUGUUCAUACGUGAUUCCCUCCGUCGUUCUUCUUUUGCCCAUCCUUUUUUCGCCCGUCCGACGCUCUUUCCGUCCUACCUUUCUUGGGCCCUUGUUCCAUGCAUCCAUCGAUCUUUCCUUGCUAUCCCCCCUUCCCUUCGUCCGUUCUUUUUUUCCAGUCCUGUUCAUAUUAUCCUUUCAUUUCUUUCACACUCUCUUUUUUUCAGUUCUGUUCAUAUUAUCCUUGUUUCCUGCCUUCCUUUCUUUUUUUUCUUUCUUUCUUUUACACUGUUGUUUUCUUCCCCCCAGUCGUCGACCUGAUUAUUUCUCGUUAUUUUCACUUUGCUUCAUCACGUCUGCCUCAUUCACACAAGCCAACACUCUUUGUUUUCCUUCCUUGGUUAGACGCCGCAUCUCGGAGUCUCCCCGACGCCACACGUUACAUGCAUGCCCCCCCCCCCCCUUUUUUGGGGGGGGGGGGGCAGAGUGGGGCACUUUAUUGAUGGACAAUGACCACGUUCAAAGUCGGACCCAUUAAGCCAUUGGGCGUGGCCGCUAAUCAAGUGUUUGUCUGAAUUUGGAUCAUAAGGAAUUAUUUACCUCAUCCUUCCAAGCAUGCUCUGAGAAACCUUCCGAUCCCUUUUUUUCUGCUGUCGUGUCACCUUGUGGAUGAUUCAAAUGCUAAUGGCAACUUCACUUGUUACGAGUUUGAAGAAAAGCAAGUAACCUUUAUAUUUAUUAUGAUCAUUUACGUGUUUUUUGUUUGUGUUUCCUUCAUAGCUUUACUAUGCCUGACUCUGUAAUGCACAUUUUUGUGUGAUUUCGUGUGGUGCUCUAUUGCAGUGGUUCUGAAACUGGUCGCUAGAGGGAGCUGCGUUCGUUAGCCAGCUCUUCCUCUGCUCGUUAAUGGCCGUCAACUUGCGACGACGAAAGAAUAUUGCGUUUCAUUCUGCGGAAAUUGCUUCGGUUCCUAUUGAACAAAUCAGGUCAUGACUCUUUAGGAUGUUGUAACAAUGUUGUUACAAUAAUACACACGGCAGUUAUGUGAGGUGCUCUCUAGACCUGAAAGGUUUUAGAACCCUGCUCUAUUCUAAAUAGUGUGCCCCUACCCCAUAUACCAUUGACUUGUUUAUGUUGAUUCAUGUUUUCCACACACAUAUGAACUCUUCCUUGUUGGCAGGGUUCUAGCAAUACAGAACUACAACUCUUCACUUUUGAACACGUCUGCCUUGUAUUCCAGUCCAGAAUAAACCAAGGUUUUUUUUUCUUUUUGCAAGAAUAAACGUGAUCACUUUAGUGCUGUUACAGCGCUGAUACCUUCACUUAUCAAUAUGACCCAAA